AUGGCUUCGCAGGUGACUCCGGCCGCAGGCGACACGAUCAGCAGUCCUGUGCACAAGGCGGACGGCAAUAUGAGCGAAGUGCGCGUCGAAAAUGUCAAGUCUCCGCACCUCGAGAUUGGGACCGUAGAGGAGGGUGGUUCUACGUCGACCGAAUAUGCUCGCCAGCUCGAGAAGAGAGUUGUACGCAAGUUCGACCUACACGUCCUCCCUAUCAUUUGCAUGAUGUACUUGCUAUCUUUCCUCGAUCGCUCCAACAUCGGAAAUGCCAAAAUCGCCGGCAUGCAAGAGGAUCUCGAUCUGGACUCGAACCGCUACGCAUGGCUAUUGCAGAUCUUCUAUAUCAGUUUCAUCGUGUUCGAGCCCUUCAUCCUCUGCUGGAAGAGGUUCCCACCGCACUGGUGUGCCACAGCCGCCAUCACUACCUGGGGACUCGUUGCAACCCUCCAGGCUUCAGCCUCCAGCUGGCAGGGCUUGAUGGCCUGUCGUUUCUUUCUGGGCAUGGCCGAGGCUGGCUCUGCGUUGGGAAUCGUCUACUACCUCUCAUUCUUCUACAACCGCAGCGAGCUGGGCUUCCGCAUCGGCAUCCAGUUCUGCUGUAGUCCCCUAGCCACCUGUUUCGCAGGUGUCCUCGCAUACGGAAUCACUUCUGGCCAUGCGGCUUUUGCGAGCUGGAAGGUCCUGUUCGUGGCCGAGGGUCUACCUAGUGUCGCCGCCGGCUUGGUCACCUGGUUCUUCCUCCCAGACACCCCGGAGAGCCUCAAGGUGCUCACGGAAGAGGAGCGGGCGGUGGCAAAGGCAAGGAGCCUGCGACAGGUUGGCAUGGAGUCAGAGCAGAGAAUCGGCCAUCUGAGGUGGAAAGAUAUCGGAGAGGGACUCUUUGAUUACAAGAACUACUUGACGGCGCUGAUGUACUUCUCCACCAACCUGUCCUUCACCUCCCUGCCGGUGUUUCUGCCCACCAUCUUGGUCGAGAUCGGCUUCAGCGGCAUCCACGCACAGGGCCUCACCGCACCGCCGUAUCUUCUCGCCUUCUUCACCACCCUCGCCUCGACUUACAUUACAGACAGGACCCGGCAGCGCGGCGUGACCAUCAUGACCUUGGCGACGAUCGGAACAGUCGGCUACAUUCUCCUCGCCGCCACGAAGCCGACGGCCGUGAGAUACUUUGGAGUGUUUCUGGCCGCGGGAGCCAUCUUCCCCACAAUGGCGAAUAUCCUGCCGUGGGUUCUGAAUAACCAAGGCUCCGACACCAAGCGCGGCAUGGGCCUGACGAUCCUCAACCUCAUCGCGCAGACCGCCUCACUCAUCUCGACCCGCCUGUUCCCCGAGGAGGACGGACCUUACUACCGCAAGGGCAUGGCCGUGUGCGCCGCCUUCAUGUUCUUCACCGUCAUCCUCGCCCUCACCCUGCGCACCCUGCUGUUGUUCGAGAAUCGGAGGUUGGACGCCAGAUACGGGCCCGUCGUGGCGGCGCCGACCGUGGUGGAGAUGUCCAGCGGCGCGUCGCUCGACGAGCCGCAAAAGUGGAAUGAAACGGGAGAGGAGAAUGAGGGUCCUAGGUUCCGCUUUGUGCUGUAG